AUGGGUAAGAAACCUCAAAAAACAAAGGAAGUUUGGGCAGCAAUAGCCGAAGCAUCAACAACAAUAGAUGAACAACAACCUCAAACUAGUCGAAAAAGAGGUAGACCUCGUAAGAUUGUUGUGAAAGAGGAAAGUUCAGAGGAACAAAAAGAAGCAGAUUCUAUAGGCAACAACAACAACACAAGGGAAGAUUCAAUGGAAAAAGAAGAGAAGAAUGAAGAAACAUGCAUGGUAAGAAAAGAAGAAGAGAUUCAAGUUCCAAAAGGUGUGGUUUCUUGUAGAAGCAGCAGAGCUAGGCGUAAAAGCAAACCUACAAAGAUCGAUCAGAAAAGAGACCUCAUGAGGAAUAGAUUGGGUCCAGGAACGUUAAAAAGCUCAAAGAGUGUGUAA